AUCCCAAAUCGUUUUUCCUCAGUUCCUACUCGGCUACUCUCUGCGAAUGCGACUCAGCUCUCUGGGUCUUCCACUCUUCCUCACCUCUGCGGACUGCGGCUCUGCCUCUCAGCUCUCAGCUCUCAGCUCUCACAAUCGGUGGUCUUGAUUGGCGACUCCGGCGUCGGCAAGUCCAAUCUCCUCUCCAGGUUCACCAAGAACGAGUUCAACCGCGAGUCCAAGUCCACCAUUGCUGUCGAGUUCGCUGGCCAAAUCGGUCAUCAAGGCCCAGAUUUAGGACACUGCUGGCCAAGAAAGGGAAAAAAAUUUGAAGACGGAGGACUGGAGGAGCAGAUGCAUGGCAUUGAGCAUGGCAGCAUGGAACUGAUGGAAGUUUGGUUGUUCACUUGUUGUCUUGUUGAAACAUUGUUUUGGUUUUUAAUUUGUUAUGUUGUUAAGACAAUAUGUGUUGGUGAACUUGUUGUGUAACUGUGUUGUUGAUUGAAAUCAUUGAAUGGUUAUUUGCAGCCUUGCUGCUAGUGCAGAUUGCACUUUGCAGAAUGGUUUAUUGGUUUUAUUUUCA